UAAAUAACUCAGUGCGUUUAUAUCGCUUACAUCCCAUUCUACAUUUUGAAGAGUAAUCAGUUGAUAUGGAAAGAACAACUUUGCCUGAACAAUCAGCAUCGCAAACGGAGACGGUAUUGGAGGGGGAUAUCACCGAUUCUGGAUCACAGGAUGUUCCAACUGUACGCUUACGUCUUAGGAAACCACGAUCAAACAAAAAAGUUCAGUGGACUCAGGGAACUGUAGACAAUGAACAUAUGAAUAAAAAGAAAUCAAAAUGUUGUUGUAUUUAUAAAAAACCAAAAAAUUUUGGUGAAAGUAGUUCUGAUGAUAGUGAUGAUGAAUGUGAACAUUGCCAUGGUCAUAAAGAUGUUCAUGAAAAGGCUUUACCAAAUAAUGCAGAACCAUCUCAACAUAAAAUGAAUCCACUAUGGGUGUCCAUGAUCUGUCUUCCACAUCAAUGUUACGUAGAUUCAUCUGAGGAAAGUAUAAGCACCCCAGGCACUGCAAACACCAACCAUUAUAAAUAACAUAAAUUAAAGUCUUAUUAUAAUGCAAAGUACACAGUAUUAUGCACAGAUGUUAUAAAGAAAGCUGCAAAUAAAAACUGCGGCAUUAUGUUGAUAUUUUAUGAAAUAUGAAAUGUUCAUUUUAUAUCUGCUUUUUCAAAGAGAGAGAUAAUAUUGAUUUGUGAUACAUCAGUAUGUUACAUCUUUCAUCAUUCAGUUUUUUAGUAUUUUAUAAAAAUUCAAAAUUCUUUGAAUUCCAAAAGAGAAUAGACCAUUCAAUAACAUUUAAUCAAUUUGAGUUUUUUUAAAUAUAUGUUUUGACAGUGUUCUUAUAUAACAAUUUAAUUAUUAUUCAUGUAUCUCCAAUUAUCUUGACUUAGUUACUAUAAAUACUAGAUUCACAAUUUUAUAUUUAUUUUAAUCAAAAUUGAUACUAAUGGUCUGAAGUUUUAUAGAAUUUUAAUUUUAUUUAAUAAUAAAAAACUAAAUUUUUUGAUGAAUAGUGCAUUUAAGAAUUUAUAGACAUGUUAUCCAAAAUUAUAUUUUAUUGAAAAAAUGUUAAUAAAUUUCGGAUCAAUAUAAAGAAAUAAGAUUUUUUAUAUUUAUCUUAUUACAUGAUAUGAUAUAUGUUGCAGGAUGAUUAUAAUAGUAACAUUAUAUUGCUUCUGUUGUUAAUCACUCAUGAUGUUGCACUUAGAUAUAUUUUGAUGACAGGUACGUGACAUGCUUAAGACUAUAUUCUUAUUAUAUGUUACAUUAUAUUUUUUAAGCACACUGUAUUCUGAAAUACAUCUUCCUACAUUAAUCUGAAA